AUGUUUUUUCAGCCACUAUCCUCAUCUGAGAAGCCUCGCGUGCUGAUCAUCGGUGGCGGCUUCGGUGGUAUGUGUGCUAUCGAACAACUGUGCAGUGAGUUCGACGUCACUCUUGUUGAUGCCAAGGAGUAUUUCGAGUUCACUCCGGGCGUGUUGCAGGCAUAUGGUCAGCCUAACUAUCAUACCAAUCUCUCCUUCAACUAUGGUCCCGUGAUCGAGGAGAAGCUCGGUGGGAAAUUCAUCUUUGGUGAAGUGAAGUUUCUCGAUGAGGCCCGCAAAGUUGCCAGAGUAAAACCAAUCUGGUGCAGGGAGGUCGACGUUGCUUUCGACUACUGCAUUGUGGCAACUGGGUGCAAAUUUGGUCUCACUUCUAAGUGGGGUGAGACACCGUGGGAUGCUACCUCCCUUGAGGACGCUCGUAAGGAGAGUCAAUGGCCUCAGUUCGACGAACGCUAUUUGGCUGGUAGGCGAGCUCAUAUUUCUAAUGAGCACGAUAAGCUCACUGAACUCAAUAAUAAAGGAGGCGUAGUUGUGGUCGUCGGUGGAGGUCUUGUUGGCAUUGA